AUGGCAGUUAAGUGCAGUGCGUGCGGUAAAUACAUGUCUCCGCAAGAUGGCGCUAAUGUUACUUGUACAAAGUGCAAUAAACAGCUACAUCGUGCGUGUGUAGGCAUCCCAGUGGGCGCUUCACUAAUGCCAUCCUGGGCUUGCCCUGAAUGCAAAUUGAAAGAAAAACGUUGCAACAAGGACACAACGCCGAUAAAACCUGCAACAAUUACUGUUGCUAAUUCGAAUAAGCUCGAGAACACGGUCCAAACUAUCCUGGAAUCACAAGAGCAAUAUGGCUCUCAAGGAUUCAAAAUUGAAAUCCUAAAACUCGAGUCGACCGUCAAUCAGCUGCAAGCAGACUUAAACGAUAGGGAUCAGGAGUUGCUUGCAAAUGACGUCGAAUUAAGUGGCAUUCCAGAGGAGAGUGGGGAGAACCCAACACACUUGGUUCUGUCAGUUGUGACCAAGCUUGGUGUUCAUUUGGAGGAAAGAACUGGUCCAUUGUAUGCGAGUGGGGGGCGGCCGCCAGGAUGCCACGUCUCGUCCGCGGCCCAUCGCUGUGCGGCUGGCGCGGCGCGACGUGCGUAA